CCGGGCGCCGCGCUAGGAAAUGACCUAAGCCUCGGCAAGGUGCGGUGGGUCUCGGCAGCGGCGCCGCGGACGCGGGUCGCGCGCACCAUGCCCGCCGAACAGCCUCCAGGCACGCGGGCGCGGCACCGGGCCGGCAGGUGCUGUCACUAAUCCCGCCCCAGUCAAGAGCUUCCCCGGGCUGGACGGUCAUGGGGGAGCCAGGUAGAGAGGAGUAUAAAAUCCAGUCUUUCGAUGCUGAGACCCAGCAGCUGCUGAAGACGGCACUCAAAGAUCCAGGUGCCGUGGACUUGGACAAAGUGGCCAAUGUGAUUGUGGACCAUUCUCUGCAGGACUGUGUGUUCAGCAAGGAAGCAGGACGCAUGUGCUAUGCCAUUAUUCAGGCAGAGAGCAAGCAGGCAGGCCAGAGUGUCUUCCGGCGUGGACUCCUCAACCGGCUGCAGCAGGAGUACCAGGCUCGGGAGCAGCUGCGCGCCCGCUCCCUGCAGGGCUGGGUCUGCUAUGUCACCUUUAUCUGCAACAUCUUCGACUACUUGAGGGUCAACAACAUGCCCAUGAUGGCCCUGGUGAACCCCGUCUAUGACUGCCUCUUCCGGCUGGCCCAGCCCGACAGUCUGAGCAAGGAGGAGGAGGUGGACUGCCUGGUGCUGCAGCUGCACCGCGUUGGGGAGCAGCUGGAGAAGAUGAACAGGCCGCGAAUGGAUGAGCUCUUUGUCCUGAUCCGGGACGGCUUCCUGCUCCCAGCCGGCCUCAGCUCCCUAGCCCAGCUGCUGCUGCUGGAGAUCAUCGAGUUCCGGGCGGCCGGCUGGAAGACGACCCCAGCUGCCCACAAGUAUUACUACAGCGAGGUCUCCGACUAGGCCUGCCGAGCAGCUAGGCUUCCGCGCCAGCAGCACCGGCCUUCCUUCCACCCGCCGCCCACCCUGGCAGUGCGGCUUUUGCCUCUCCCCAGCACCUGCUCCCUGCAGACUUUGAACAGCACUGAGGUUUCCUGCUUACCCGGUGGUCCUGCUCUGAGCACCUUCCCUCCCUCAGGGCAUGGGGAGGACCCCGCAGACCUGCUUCCCUCCCCACCCCGCAGUCCCCUCAGGCUCUGCCCGGCCCAGGUGGUUAAACAGCUUCUUGGAGCCUCAGUCUCCCAGCUGUAAAAUGGGUGCCCAGAGCCAUUGGUGGGAUGCCGUGGAGUGUCAAGGGGCAGACGGGCAGAGCACAAGUCACACCAGAUACUGCUUCUGAUACGUUUUGUACGAGCACGACUUUGGGAACAGGUGUUUCCCGCAGUCGGUUUUAAUGAGUGGCGGCACUGCAUCACGUGCUCCAGCGCAGGGUGAGGAUUUUCUAAUAAACCUUUCUGAUAUGAAAA